AUGGCGGAAGAAGUGUCAAUCGACAAGGCGGCGUUCCACAAUCGCCUGUCUGGCCUGAUCACACAAUGGAAGGCCGACAAGCGCAGUGGCAACAGUGUCUUUGGGGAUGUCGGCAGCAUCGCUGUCUGCAUGGGAAAGAGCGAUGAAUCCCAAGGCUUCCACAAGGCAAAUGGCCUGCAGUUCUGGCUGCUGGGCUACGAGUUUCCAGCGACGCUUUUCGUCAUCACCAUGGAGGCCAUGUAUAUUGUGACCACCAAGAAGAAGGCGACAUAUCUCGAGGCGCUCAAAGACGGCAAGACACCCGUCGAGAUCAUUGUACGAGGAAAGGACGCCGAGGAGAACGCGAAACAGUUCGAGAAGAUCAACGAGACGAUCAAGAACGCUGGCAAGAAGGUCGGCACCAUCACCAAGGAGUCAUCGACUGGUCCUUUCAUGGCAGAGUGGAAGACAGCGUUCGCCGAGAUCAGCAAGGACGUCGAGGAGUUCGAUGUCAGUGUGGCUCUUUCUACCGUCAUGGCUGUCAAGGACGAGAACGAACUCAAGGCGAUCAGAAACGCCGCGAGUGCUUCUGCCUACGUCAUGAAGGACUACUUUGUCGAGACCAUGUCAGACAUUCUGGACAAGGAGAAGAAGAUCACACACAAGGCAUUCUCGGACAAGGUUGCGAACAAGCUGGAUGACGAGAAGUUCUUCAGGGCUCUCAAGGGCGUGGGCAAGUUUGAUGCCAUGCAACUCGACUGGUCCGUUAGUCCCACAGUGCAGAGUGGCGGCAACUUCGACUUGAAACUGGCCACUGAGCCAGAUGACAACAACCUCCACCAACCGGGUGUCAUUAUCUCCGCUCUUGGUCUGCGAUAUCAGACGUACGCAUCGAUGAUUGCCAGAACAUACCUUGUGGAGCCCAACAAGACGCAGGAGAGCAUGUACAAGCUGCUCUUGACUGUGCACGAUACUGUGAUCAAGGAGUUGCGAGAAGGCGUACAGGCGAAGGACGUCUACAACAAGGCGGUUGCAGUCGUCAAGGCGAAGAAGCCAGAGCUGGUUGACAACUUUUUCAAAUCAGUGGGCGCUGGUAUCGGAAUUGAGGCCAAGGACAACACUCUCAACUUGAACGCGAAGAACACCCGCCAGCUCAAGGACGGCAUGACGUUCUCGAUCACAACCGGCUUCUCAAACCUCGAGAACCCUACCGCGAAAGACAAGAAGCGCGACGGCACAUACUCACUCUUGCUGAGCGACACCGUCCGCGUUACCAGCAGUUCCGAGGCCUACUGCUUCACCAAAGAUGCGCCUCGCGAUAUGGAGAGCGCUUCUUUCUUCUUCAAUGAUGACGAGGAGGAGGAGAAGAAGCCGAAGCCAAAGAAGGAUGCACGAGUUGGAGCUGUGGCACAAUCGAACAUCACCAAGCACCGUCUCCGAGGCCAGGGCGGGGUGACACAGAACGAGGAGAAAGAGGCUGCACGAAGAGAACAUCAGAAAGAGCUGCACGCGAAGAAGCAGAGCGAUGGUCUCGAGAAGUACACCGAAGGUCACGGCAACUUGAAUGGCACCGAGGAAAAGAAGUUCAAGCGCUUCGAGUCGUACAAGCGCGACAAUCAGCUCCCAUCCAAGGUGAAAGAUCUCACGGUGAUGGUUGACCAGAAAGCGUCCACGGUUAUCCUUCCCAUCAUGGGUCGUCCUGUGCCCUUCCACAUCAACACCAUCAAGAACGCGACAACGAGCACAGAAGGCGGGUUCUGCUACCUGCGAAUAAACUUCUUGUCGCCAGGUCAGGGUGUUGGCAGAAAGGAUGACCAGCCUUUCGAGGAUCCAAGUGCACAGUUCAUCCGAUCGCUCACAUUCCGAAGCCAGUCGAACCAGCGCAUGGAGGACAUUCAGAACCAGAUCACCGACAUGAAGAAGGCGGCAAACCGCAAGGAGCAAGAGAAGAAGGAUAUGGAGGAUGUUGUCGAGCAAGACAAACUCGUGGAGAUUCGCAACCGCCGACCAUACAGACUGGAUAACAUCUACAUGCGGCCGGCUGUUGAGAGCAAGCGCGUUGGUGGUUCUGUCGAGAUCCACCAGAACGGUCUCCGCUACAACCACAUGGGCAGCCAGAGGAUCGACGUUCUCUUCAGCAACAUCAAGCACUUGUUCUUCCAGCCUUGCGUUGGUGAGCUGAUCGUUAUCAUCCACAUUCACUUGAUCAAUCCGAUCAUCAUUGGCAAGAGGAAGACAAAGGAUGUGCAGUUCUACCGCGAGGCGACGGAGAUGCAGUUCGACGAGACGGGCAACCGUAAGCGCAAGCACAGAUACGGUGACGAAGAAGAGUUCGAAGCAGAACAAGAAGAGAAGCGUAGACGUGCGCAACUCGACAAGGAGUUCAAGAACUUUGCAGAGAAGAUCUCGGACGCUGGCAAGAAUGAGGGUCUGCAGGUCGACAUUCCCUUCCGCGACCUGGGCUUCAAUGGUGUGCCCAGUAGAAGUUCCGUCACCAUCCAACCUACCACGGACUGCUUGAUUCAGGUCACAGAACCACCAUUCAUGGUCAUCACACUUAACGACAUUGAGAUUGUGCAUCUCGAACGAGUGCAGUUCGGUCUGAAGCAGUUCGACAUGGUCAUUGUCUACAAAGACUUUACCAAGCCACCAACACACAUCAAUACCAUUCCCGUCGAGUCUCUGGACAGUGUACGCGACUGGCUGGACAGUGUCGAUAUCCCCUUCACCGAAGGUCCGCUGAACCUGAACUGGGCUACCAUCAUGAAGACCGUCAUUCAGGACCCUCAUACAUUUUUCGCAGAUGGUGGCUGGUCAUUCCUCGGUGAUGAGUCUGACAACGAGGGGAGUGAGGAAGAGAGUGAAGAGUCUGCCUUCGAGGUGUCGGAAGAGGAGCUUGCCUCUGCCUCAGAGAGCGAGGACGAGUCUGACUUCGAUGAUGAUGCCUCCGCGGACGCCUCAGAUGAGGAGGUCAGCGAAGAGGAUGAGGGCGAGGACUGGGACGAGCUUGAGAAGAAGGCUGCCAGGAAGGAUCGAGAUGGAGGUCUCGAGGAUGAGGACAGUAGGAAGAAGAAGGCUCCUGCUAAGGCCAAGGGCAAGAAGUAG